AUGUCGGGUGAAAUACCACAUGGUGUGAAAUAUAAAGAUAUACUUGAAGAUGAAAAUGAACUUAUAGAUGUGAAAAUGCUCGUUAGACUAUUCAAUUCAGUGGCUCCAAAGCUAGAAACAUUGUUAAGAGAAGCAAAUCGGGAUUAUAUUAGAACUUGGAAUAGAGUAAAGCAAGAGUUACAGAAUCUAGGAGAUACACGAGAGGCUGAUAGAUUGAUAAAAGGAAUAGAUCAGGUUUAUCAUAGACGGUAUUUUGGUUUCAUUAAGAAUAUCGAAAGUUUUAAGGAUGUUUCUGAGAAAUUAGCAACACGGAUUGAUUCGCAUAUCCAAGUUGACGAGAAGGAAUUUCUAGGUCUUAUAAUGCAAUCUAGAUCACUAGUACCAUCGAUCAUGGAGUUAUUUAAAGAUGUUGACAAAUUAGAAGAUGAUAUCAAUUCUAUGUUUCGGGAGGUUAUAAAAUUUUUGGAGGAGGUUUCUUAUCAAUAUACUUCAUUACAUAGAAAUGCAACUAUUAAUCAACUAGAAAGGGAUGGUACACAACAACUGAAAACUACCUAA